AUGGCUCUAGUAAUUUAUGUUGAUGAUAUGAUUAUUACUGGAAACGAUUUAGAGGAAAUUGCUUUACUUCAAGAAAGAUUGUCUAUAGAGUUUGAGAUGAAAAAAUUGGGAGAGUUAAAAUACUUCUUGGAUUUGCUUGCUGAAGUGGGGAUGUUAGAUUGUAAGCCAGUAGAUACCCCUAUUGUUCAGAAUCACAGGUUAGCCGACUACCCUGAUCAAGUGCAACCAAACAAGGAGAGGUACCAAAGAUUGGUUGGUAAGUUGACCUAUUUAUCACAUACACGACCUGAUCUUGCUUAUACAGUCAGUGUCAUUAGUCAGUUCAAGCAUGCUCCUAGUGAAGAUCAUAUGAAUGCAGUUGAAAGAAUCCUUCGUUAUUUGAAAGGCGCUCCUGGACGAGAACUUUGGUUUCGAAAGGGACCAAAUUUGGAGAUUGUUGGAUAUACUGAUGCUGAUUGGGUUGGUAGCUUGCAGGAUAGGAGGUCAACUUCCGGAUACUUCACAUUUCUGGGGAUAAAUUUAGUAACCUGGAGAAGUAAGAAGCAAAAGAUGGGGGAAUUAUCUAGUGCUGAGGCAGAAUUCAGGGGAAUGGCAAAAGGCUUAUGUGAAUUGUUGUGGUUGAAGAAAUUGAUGUGUGAGUUGUGGUAUCCCUCAAAGAUCGAAAUGAAGCUUUUUUGUGACAAUAAAGCCGCAAUUGAUAUAUCUCAUAAUCCAGUUCAACAUAACAGAACUAAACAUAUUAAGAUUAAUUGA